CCAUCUACAGAAUCAGACGUUCGCUUCGGAAUUUCUUUGAAGGCUUUCAAGGCUCUAGGAUCACACACUGUUAGUAGUAACAACGCUUAGUGGGGAUUCUACGGGGUUAAGGACGUCCGUUGACCCCUAGAUCGGCGAUGACGUCGUCUGCAGCAGCAUGCGAUGCGUCAGCUACAGCUUCCACACCACCAGCAGCAGCAGCAGGCGACGGCGUAUGGAGAGCUUCGACAGGAACAACAGCUGACGAUAGGCUAGCUGAAGCAUCGCCAGCUGUUGCUCCUGUCGAAGCUGUUUCAGGCGAUAAAGGCCCUGUUUCCGUGAGCCAUCAUGCUUCCGUCAACAAUCAUGCAGCUGCCGUCAGCAAUCAAGCUUCUGGAGUGUCAGGAGCCGGGCAAAAGCGGAAAAUCGGCGGUAAUUUUCUCUGGGGAGCGGCGACGGGGCUUAUAACGGGGGUUCUAUUGCAGCCGUUCGAUGUGAUCCGCACGCAUCUGCAGGGAUCAUCCUCACCGUCCGUUCGCAAGAUGGCAACAGCAGCAGCGGGAGGAGCAGGAGCAGCAGGAGGAGCAGGAGGAGCAGGAGCAGCAGCGAGAGAAGUGGGAGUUAGAUCGCUGAGGUCGGCAGCUGUUGACGCUGCUAUAGGGUUCACUGCAACUGCUGCUACAACAGCAGCUACAACCGCAGCUACAGCCGCAGCUACAAACCCAGCUAGUACAACGGCAGCCACAACCGCAGCCACAGCAGCAGCCACAACAGCAGCCACUGCAGCCACCACAGCAGCCGCUAGAACAGCUGCAAGAGCAGCUAUACCCGCAGCUGUAGGCUCAGCAGCAGCGAAACAGGCAUUCAAUCCCAGCAUGGGCAGCGUAGUGCGGCUGAUAGUGCACAAGGAGGGCGUCAGAGGACUCUGGAGAGGCACUGGCCCCACGUGCGUGCGCCUGGGGCUGGGCUUGGGGCUGUUCUUUGCCACGCUGGACCCAACCAUGCAUGCGCUGGCUGCCCUAGAGAGUACUCUUGAAGAGAAACGGAGGAGGAGGGGCAGGGCGCAAGGGGAGCAAGGGGAGCUAGGAGAGGGUUCGUUAAAAGAGGAUUCGUUACCGUCCUCAGCGUCCUCGUCGUCUGUGGUUGCUCAGAGGAGCGCUCAUCAGUUCUCGUCCCGGGUGACGUUUCUGGCGGCUGUGGUUUCGCGGUCCCUGGCUGCUGCUGCGCUGUGCCCCGUGUCUGUGGUUAAGACUCGCAUGGAGUCUCGUUGGUAUGGAGUGCAGUUCUCUGCAGUGAGCGGAGAGUCUUAUAGAGGAACGCUUGGUGGAUUGACGGCGAUUGCCCGGUCAGAGGGAAUAGCAGGCUUAUAUCGAGGAUUGGGAACCACUCUGCUAAGAGAUGCGCCGUACUCCGGGAUCUAUCUCGUGCUCUACUCACGCAUGCGCUCCUUCAUUCAUGAUCGCAUUUCCUCUGAUGAUGGGCAUGGGGCUCGAACGGUCUCCACAAUGGCAGCAGGAGCAGCAGCAGGGGCUCUGGCAACCAUUCUGACCCACCCGCCUGAUGUGGUGCGAACCCACCUGCAGCUGGCCACUCUGCUAGCGACACCUGGCAAGCCACUGUCCAUGAUUGGUGCCACGUCAGCCAUCUACAAGUCGCAAGGUUUGCCUGGCUUCUUCAGAGGGGUGGUGCCCCGGGUCAUGAAGCGAUCGUUGCAGCAAGCACUCACAUGGACUCUCUUUGAGCGCCUCUCAUCCAUUCUUUCUGGCCGGACACUUUGGGAUCGGAAAGACGUUGCCCGUUGAGGAGCGAGAGCGCAUGAUAUACGACAGCUACUGCUCGUGGCUGUGCAAUGGAAUCAAUUGGCUCGCUAUAUUAUUUCGUUCAUUUGUUACAUAUGCUGUGUAGUUUUUUUUUGUUGUGACGUUGAUGUUUUCAAUACACUGUAGUUGAUGUACGGGACCACGUAAUCGCGUACAGAGUG